AUAAAAGUUAUGGUCAUAGAUUGGACACAUUAUAUUAAUCAUAUUUCGUUAAAAUUAUUACACACAUAGAUUAUACACUUAAUAUAUUAUUACACAUAUGGUACGGUACCACAUACCUUCAUCUAAAGAUUUAAGUUUUUCGUUGUAAUAAAACUAUAUAAAUAUAAAAUCUUAUUAGGGCAGUGGUGUGCCUAUUUUGUGUUAUGAUCUGAUAGAAGUGAUGUUUUUGAUGAUAUGAUUUAGUAGAAAGAGUAACAGCUUACUUAGGAUACUUAAAUUAAAAAAUGCCUCAUUAUUUACUAAGAUUAAUAAUAUAUUGUAUCCAUAACUAUUCGUGAUAGUGGAGUUAAGGCGGUAACAAUUAUUAAUAUACAGUUUAUGUUUAUGUUUUACAUGUUUUAUUUGAAUAUAUUUCAUUGGUGAAGCAUGCAAUUAAUAUUGCAUUAUGUCGAUGAAUUACAUGUUCGGAAUAUCGGUCUUUCUGCUUUGUUUAGUCCUACUCAAUAUUUACUUCUUCUACAAUCUUAGUACGACCAAACCUACACCUUUAAUUCAAUCACGGAAAGCAGAAGCUAUGCAAAAUGUCCAUAAAGAAAUUAAUGAUCAUUUCGCACACUUAAAAAAACAGUACAAGAUUAAAACAUCUAAAUUUAUACCUGUACAACAAGCUCUAAUUGCAUCACUCAAUUCCACCAUUACUGAAUUAGAAAAUAUUUGGAAUACUGUGGAUAAUUGGGUUGAUAAUGAAUCUCUGUUUCCUGAUAAAAAUGGAGAUCCUGGAAGAAUACUUCAUGCAAUAAAAUCUUCACCGAUAGCACUAGUAGAUAAUGCACCAAAGGGGACACAAUUGAAACUGUUACUUAUUUUAGAGAGUAAACAAAAGGUUUUGUUUAAACCAAAAAGGUAUAAUUUGACUGAAGUUAUCAAAGGACCAGUAUAUGCAGGCUUUGAUAGGUAUAACUCAGAAGUAUUUGCAUAUUACCUUGGGAUGGUACUCAAUAUGCGAUGGAUAGCACCUGCUGUAACUAUGAGGAUAAAUGUCGAAAAUGAUAUUCUCCCUGUUGCGACACUCGGUUUGAAGAACACAAUGGUGAAAAAUGAAGUUGGUGCAACAUGUAUUUACGGAAAAUGUUACUAUUGCAAAAUAAAUGAGACUGUGUGCCCUGACAACACGGGGGUCCUUGAAGGGGCAGCAAUAUUGUACCUUGAAAAGCAGUUCAAAGUUCACAAAUCACCAUGGAGACGAUCUUAUAGUCGUAAGAAAAUGGACUGGGAAAAAGAUACUGACUUUUUAUUGGUGCUAACCGCAUUACCAAUAUGGAAAACAAGUCUUCAUGACCCAAAAGAUAAGACGUAUGGUGUAUUAAUAUCAAACGAUGAAUAUCAAUACGUCAAAAGUAUAUAAACACUCGGAAAUAUUGACGAAUUUGAAUAAUUAUUCAAUUAUUGUGAAUAUGUAUAAAAGUUAAGGUUCCUCUAUAGUUAGAUUUUGACACUACGUAAAUAAGAUAGUUAAAUUGACAGAAUACUCAACACUGACUUUUGAAAGUCGUCGUGGCCUAAAGGAUAAGACGUCCGGUGCAUUCGUAUGAAGCGAUGCACCGGUGUUCGAAUCCCGCAGGCGGGUACCAAUUUUUCUAAUGAAAUACGUACUCAACAAAUGUUAACGAUUGACUUCCACGGUGAAGGAAUAACAUCGUGUAAUAAAAACGAAACCCGCAAAAUUAUAAUUUGCGUAAUUACUGGUGGUAGGACCUCUUGGGAGUCCACACGGGUAGGUACCACCACCCCGCCUAUUUCCGCCGUGAAGCAGUAAUGCGUUUCGGUUUGAAAGGUGGGGCAGCCGUUGUAACUAUACUUGAGACCUUAGAACUUAUUUCUCAAGGUAGGUGGCGCAUUCACGUUGUAGAUGUAUAUGGGCUCCAGUAACCGCUUAACACCAGGUGGGCUGUGAGCUCGUCCACCCAUCUAAGCAAUAAAAAAAUAUAUUAAAGUAACAGCUGGAGGUUUCAGUUUUACAACAUCUACUUAAAAAAUGAAAUAAAUAAAAAUGAAAAU